AUGCAAGAGGGUUGCGCGAAGCGUCCGUAUCCAACAGCGGAGGAGGUGCGAGCAGCAGCAACAGCAGCAGCAGCAGCAUUAGGGGAUGACCCUGAAUCAGCAGCAGCAGCAGGUGCAGCAGCAGCAGCAGCAGCAGCAGCAGCAGGGUUGCUGCAGCCUCUAGAUAAGUGUGUUUGUACUGUCUCCUUUGAUGCCUCCCUAGCAGAGCUCAUCGACGUCCUCAUCCUAAACCCUCAUUCCAGUCCCCUCACCAGCGUGCUGAAGGAGAAGGACGCUAUAUUCCCCGACCCCAUGCCGCCCUGGCGCCAGUGCAGCAGCAGCAGCAGCAGCAGCAGCAACAGCAGCAGCAGCAGCAACGGCAGCAGCAGCAGCAGCAACAGCAACGAUCGCAGCAAGAAUGGUGAAUCUACUGUAUGCGGUGGGGGAGCAGCAACAGCAGCAGCAGACGCAGCAGAAGCAACAUCAGCAAAACCAAAAACAGCAGCAGCAGCAGCAGCAGCAGGAGCAGCAGCAGCAGCAGCAGCAGCAGCAGCAGCAGCAGACGAGGAUGAGUUGUUGUCUCUACGAAAGGGAAUUUUAAGCGGCCGUUUUUUUCAGGCCUCACGAGAGUUCACAGCUGACAUUAAGCUGCCUGAAUCAUCACUAACUCGUAUUUUAGGUUUACCUUCUCGGGGUCAGCUGCAGGAGAGCAGCAGCUGCAGUGUAUGUACACCUCAGCUGCUGCUGCUAGAAACAAAAAACUUUUUAUUUGGGCCCCCAUAUGCUGAAACUUUUUUUCUGAGGCAGCGGCUUGCAUGCGCAGCCCUAAACCCUCAAGCAGCACUGGGGAUCGUCGAUCCCACACCCCACACACACCCCACAACAACACCCCACACCGACCACAUACACCCGGGAACCAACAACCCCACAACAACCCCCAACAUCGCUGGGAUCGAUGUGGGAUCCAACAACCCCAACAACCCCACAACACCCCACACUGCUGGGGUGCAGCAGCUGGGAUCCAACAACCCCAACAACCCCACAACAACCCCCAGCGGGGCUGGGGUGCAGCAGCUGGGCGCCAACAACCCCACAACAACACCCCACACUGCUGGGAUCGUUGUGGGAUCGAUCGAUCCCGCGGCCCCCCCCCGUAUCCAGAUUGCCUUUGAAUGCGAAGUCGUCAUCACCACCCCCUCCUUCUUUCAGGGAAAGAUAAAAAGCGACAGUCUGCGGGAGCUGCACGCGGGGAUGCAUCUACUCAAAACCCUCAUACAGGAGGCCCUUGCUGCUCGCAUCAGCAGCAGCAACGAAGCAGCAGCAGCAGCAGCAGCAGCAGCAGGAGCAGCAGCGGGGGGUCCUGCUGCUGCUGCUGCUGCUGCUGCUGAUGAAGAGGGAGACAGCGCCGCAGCGGGCCGUGAAACUGCUGCUGCAACAACAGAAGCAGCAGCAGCAGCAGCAGCAGCAGCACCAACAGCAGCAGCAGCAGCAGCAGCAGCAGCAGCAGCAGGAGAGUAUGUCUCCUAUCAGCAGCAGCUAAAAGAGACAAUAGCUGCGGUGUAUAGGCAGCUUGCUGCUGCGCUUCAUCUUAUACUGCCGUCGACUCGAUACGAGUCAGCAGCAGCAGCAGCAGCAACAGUAGCAGCAACAGUAGCAGCAACAGUAGCAGCUGAAGCAGCAACAGUAGCAGCAGUAGCAGCAGCAGCAGCAGCCCAGCAGCAGAAGCAGCAACAGUAG